UGUUUUACUUCAGCUUAUUAGAUGUGUGGUCUUGGUUUUACCAGCUUUUUAUCAGUUGCUUUGCUGUGUGAGUAUCUGACCGUGGAAUGGAAAUGAGCUGAGGCCACUUACCAGUUCAUUGUGUUUUCUGCAGUACUUUAUCUUCAGACCAGUGAGUAAAUUAUCGAGAAGUGUACACAGCACUUCACAUGGCAUAGUAACAGUCAGUCAUACCACACACUUACACACACUUAGCUGUAUAGACACCUGUGCAUUUGUGAUCUUCAGAAAAUGAGCUUUACAUUUUUAAAAGACAAAAGUUAAAUGUCAAAACCAUCAGAACUGAGGUUGAGGAGCCUCGUUGUUGCAGAGAAACAACACACGCACCUUCCUUCAGAGCCUUUUAAUCAGGUGCCGUUUGAGUAUCUGGAACUGGCAUGUAAAAUGUGAGGUGCGCUUUAUCAACUGUUAACCAGGAGUAGAACGGCUGCUAACGAGCUCAGUCAGCUUUACUAUAUUUAUUGAAAGCCUGUGUACCUGUGCAACAUGGUGAUGUAAUGGUUAAAACUGACCUCAGGCACUCUGCGUUACUUCCACAGCCCAAAACCUCACAGACACCCUACAAAAUAACCCCAAACAGACGGGGGAUAGGUCUGUACUUGCACUUGGUCCGUGAAGGCAACACUGACUAAAAGUCAUCACCCAUCAGCACUAGGUUUGGCGGUUUAAGCCUGAUUCCUCCUGGUCAAGUGUCAGCUGGACAGUGUUCUGCUGUGGUGAACUAGUUCCUUUACCCAGUAUUUUUUUUAUUUUCCAAAGGUGAAUAAUUCAUCUUUUGGUAGAGUUUUGUUCCACCACAGACUGUUUAAACCUACUUUACCUCCUGGUAAGUGCCUUCAGUCCUCGUCCAUGUGGUGAGUGUGAUUUGAAUACAGCGAUGUAAUCAAUGGAUCCACGUCUAACGUCCAUGCAUUAUUGCCGCCCGGUUCAUCACCCGUGUGUGUUGCAGCGAUGAGUAAGUCUGAAGGGUCCGGCUGCAUGACAUGUAUGUUUAAAUAUGAAACAUCAAGAACCCUGGUUAUUCCGAGCAAGGGGGUGGCGUGUUUGUUCAGAUUCGCCCAGCUCCUGGUGCUGCUCUAUGUGGUGGGAUAUGUGUGCGUGGUGCGAAAGGCUUACCAGGAGACAGACUCUGUCAUCAGCAGCGUCACCACCAAGGUGAAAGGUUUCGCCUUCACCAACACGUCCUACAUGGAGCCGCGCUUCUGGGACGUGGCUGAUUUUGUGAUGCCCCCUCAGGGUCACAACUCCUUCUUUGUGUUAACAAAUUUGAUUGUCACCCCAAAACAAAUCCAGACGAGAUGUCCUGAGCCUCCGGGUCCAACGACGACUUGCAUGGACGAUUGUGACUGCUUUGAAGGAAGAAAUGACCCCCGGGGCAGUGGUAUACAAACAGGGCUGUGUGUGAACUAUUCUGCUACUGUCCAGACAUGUCAAGUGCUCUCAUGGUGUCCACUGGAAAUAGAUACAACACUGCCUGAACCUGCACUCCUGGCCGAGGCCGCGGACUUCACUGUGUUGAUCAAGAACAGCAUCACAUACCCAAAGUUUAACUUUCACAGAAGGAACAUACUGCCACAUAUCAACUCUUCAUACCUGAAGACCUGUGAGUUCAACCGCUCCACAGACCCCGACUGCCCCAUAUUCCGUCUCAAACACAUCGCAUUGGAGGCUGGAGAGGACUUUCAAGACAUGGCUGUAAAGGGCGGCAUCCUGGGAAUCAUUAUUGACUGGACCUGUGAUCUGGACUGGUGGGCCAGGAAGUGUUACCCCAAGUACAGCUUCCGCAGGUUGGACAACAAGAACCCAGUGAAUAACGUGGCGCCCGGAUACAACUUCAGGUUUGCCAAAUACUACCAGACUCCGGAUGGCGAAGAAAUCAGGACCUUAAUCAAAGCAUAUGGGAUCCGGUUUGACAUCAUUGUCUUUGGAACUGCAGGAAAAUUUGGAAUACUACCAACUAUUAUUAACCUCGCCGCAGCGUUAACAAUCCUCUCUUUGAUUCCCCAUGUGUGUGACUGGAUUAUGCUGACGUGUAUGAGCAAAAGAGAUCUUUACCAUAAACAUAAGGUGGCACAUAUGACUGAGGGUGAUUCUCAAUCAGUGUCAAUGGGCACCACCUAUGGAACUCAGUAACACAUCACAACAACAUGAAAACAUUUUUUCUGCAGUCAUGCAAACCUACUCUAAAAAUUCAAUAUCAUUCAAAUUGAUGAAAUGCAGAUGUGUAACACUACACUAAGCAUAAAAUAAAUGAUCAAUCUCUAAGC